GCCGUUAGCUCAGAUUUUCCUCUGCCGCUUCACUUCUCUCCCUCUCGCCGUCAUUCAGAGGAGAUUGUCCCAGCCGACCAGCGGUAGAACGCACGCAAUGGCAGAGCAGGAGCCUACACCAGAGCAGCUGGCAGCGAUUGCAGCAGCCAACGAGGAGGGCGAAAGCCAAGUCGACUACAAGCCUCCCGCCCAGAAGAGCUUACAGGAGAUCCAGGAGCUGGACAAAGAUGAUGAGAGCCUGCGCAAGUACAAGGAGGCGCUGCUGGGCAACGCUUCUGUGAUUGCAGAUCCCAACGCACCCAACAUCCAGGUGACACGAAUGACCCUGUUGUGUGAGUCGGCACCGAGCCCUUUGAUCCUUGACCUGACGGGAGACCUGGAGAACUUCAAGAAGAACCCAUUUGUGCUGAAGGAGGGAGUUGAAUACAGAAUAAAGAUCAACUUCAAGGUCAACAAGGAGAUUGUGUCAGGCCUGAAGUACAUUCAGCAAACAUUCAGGAAAGGAGUAAGAGUUGACAAGACGGAGUACAUGGUCGGCAGCUACGGGCCCAGACCAAACGAGGAGUACGAGUUCCUCACCACCAUGGAGGAGUCACCCAAAGGGAUGCUGGCCCGCGCCACCUACAACAUCAAGUCCAAGUUCACCGACGACGACAAACACGAUCACCUCUCCUGGGAGUGGAGCCUCACUAUCAAGAAAGACUGGAAAGACUGAUUCCCCGUUGUCGACGUGCUUUGUCCCUCUUUCUUUUUCUUGCUGUCAUUCCACCCCCCCCCCUCUCCCCCCUCUGGAUCCAUCUCUGGAUUUUGUGUUGAUUUAAGCUUUCGCUCUCUCCGUCCAUGGACACCCGCUCUUCCCUCUUCUUACUCUAAAUUCCAAUCACUUCAUCAUUCCUCCCAUGGUUAACGCUUCAUUUGUUUGCACCCGCCCUUCUGUUAAGUAUUAAAUCUUUAAAAUGGAGAAAGCAAACAAUGUGCACAAUCCAGAUUUUCCGGUUAUGGUUUGUUUAUAAAAGAUAAAUAAGUAAAAAAAAAAUAUUUUCUGUUAAGUGCUGAGUGAUGAAGUAUGUGAUUUUCCUCUGCCCCUUCCCUGCUUUGUCUUCCCCCUUCUCUCUCUCUCCUGUAAUUUUCAGAUUCUUUUGUACAAUUACCGUGAUCUGCCUUCGAAAGCACUGUACAGGAAGCAGUAGUGUUGUAUGUACGUGGCCACUGUACGGUCAUUGAGCAGUCUUUGCUGGACACAACUCUUGGACGCAGCCCCCCUAAAGCCUUUGAGCAGAUUAUUUGUACCAGGCUCUUGGUAAAUAAUUUGGAAUUCAGGUCACCCCUCUUUCAAAUGAUUCAGCGCCCUACAAAGUCUGCUGAGAGAAGGGGGCGAACAGAAUUACCUCUAACACCUUCUGACCCCUCACUUUAGGUGUGGCUGUUCCUCUCCUGAUCAGGGUAUUUUGGCAGUUUAUUUAGCAGAACAUGUGGCCUUAACAAGAAUGCUUCAGAAGAAAUAGACAACCCAGUUGAGCCAUUUGCCUUCAGAUUAUAUUUGCCAGACCAUCAUGUGAGCCUGUUUUAACAAGACUUAUAAUGGACAGGGCAUCAGGACUACGGACUUUUAACACCUUUAUUUCAGGUUUGAUGAGUUGUAAAAACCAUUACAUGUUGAUGUCGAUGGUUAUCUCUAUUUACAAGCAUCAUUUUCAGUGCAGUACUUGUAGCCUUCUAAAUAUCAGUUAAAUCAGCUUGUUUUUAGGUCUUUUACAACAGCUGUAAAUAGUCCAGGUUGUACUAAUGGCAUUUUGUCACCCAGUGUCCUCUAGUCCCUGAGGCCAUACUUCAGUAUCUCUGAGGUGUUACUUUAGUUCCAACACACAGACUGUUGAACCGCUCACCUUGUAUUACUCGAGUUUAAAAAUGACCAAUGCUGACUGUGCCUCCGGUCUCUUACAACCACGUGCUGCUCCUGCUGACUGAGCAGCACUCUGCUCGCCAUCAGCGAGGUGAAACGUUGUCUGUAAUUGACUUUUAAACCAGAACAGAGACCUCAGUCCCCAACCAGACAUUGAUGAGUAACACAUCCUGCCAUAUAAAAGGUUUUUUUUGUAAACUCCAUAAGUAUGUGGAUGAGGUCUUUCUGCAGCUUCAUCCGGCCGUCAUGUGUCAUGGACUGAUGUUUCUCUCCGUGGGCUGGGUUGGACUGAAUGUGUGCUACUUGUAUUACCGUCAGUUUACUGAUCUCCUGUGUUCACAUUAAAGUGUUCAGACUGGG